GCGUGGUGCUGAAGGGGACAGCGCCAGAUUUGUCGCACUGCGCAGGCGCAGAGACGCGAACAAAGAGGGGAGGGGGACGAGGCGCGCGGCCGGAGGUGGUGCGCGCUCACGUGGCUCUAUCUUUGCAGGGGUCUGUCCUCCCAGCUACCCCCUCCCUAAGCAGGCUGAGGAAGAAGAGAUAGCAAGCCCUCACCUAACUUGACCCCUUUCUUGUCUUUCCCCGCUGCUAGCUUCUCCCUUCUCGCUGCCUUGCGGGGUGGGGAAACGUGGAAGGAAUUCUGGGAAAACCAGAUGUCUGGGUUCUCUAUUCCCGUCUGGCUUGAUUCUGGACAAGGGGCUUCCUCUCCAGGGCCUCGGUUUCCCCAUCUUUAAAAUGGAGUGAUAGCAUAGACCUGCCCACCUUUCAGAGGUGCCCGAAGCCUUGACGAGAUAACAGAUGAGAAGUGGUUUUCGUUGUGAUGAGCCAGCUGAAGCGGUUGCACCGAAGGAGCGCCAGACCGUCAGCGGUGCAGUGGCUCUCGCGUCCUUCACAUCCCCCCACACCCAUCCCGUGGAUGAUGGGGGAAGGCGCUACUCCUGGGGUUCCCCGAAGCGGAUCCUGGGACUGGGACCUGGGGACGCGGCCAAGGAGGCGGGUUUGGUGCGGCCACUCCAAGGCCAAAGCGAGAAAAUCUUACUGCGCACGCGCAAUAGACAGCCGAUGGAGCCACCGAUGGAGCCGUCCGGAGGGGAGCAAGAGCCCGGAGCCGUCAGGUUCCUGGACCUGCCCUGGGAAGACGUGCUGCUCCCACACGUCCUGAACCGGGUCCCGCUGCGCCAGCUGCUCCGGCUGCAGCGCGUUAGCCGGGCCUUCCGGUCGCUGGUGCAGCUUCACUUGGCCGGGCUGCGUCGCUUCGAUGCCGCGCAGGUGGGUCCGCAGAUCCCGCGGGCCGCAUUGGCCCGGCUGCUGCGGGAUGCCGAGGGGCUGCAGGAGCUGGCACUGGCGCCGUGUCACGAAUGGCUGUCAGACGAGGACCUGGUGCCGGUGCUGGCGCGGAAUCCGCAGCUGCGGAGUGUGGCGUUGGGCGGCUGCGGGCAACUGAGUCGCCGGGCGCUUGGGGCGCUGGCCGAGGGCUGCCCACGCCUGCAGCGCCUGUCGCUCGCGCACUGUGACUGGGUGGACGGGCUGGCGCUGCGCGGCCUCGCUGAUCGCUGCCCGGCCCUGGAGGAGCUGGAUCUCACCGCCUGCCGCCAGCUCAAGGACGAGGCCAUCGUGUACCUGGCGCAGAGGCGCGGCGCUGGUCUCCGCAGCCUCUCUCUGGCCGUCAACGCCAACGUGGGGGACGCCGCGGUUCAAGAGUUGGCUCGGAACUGCCCAGAACUCCAGCACCUUGACCUCACCGGCUGCCUCCGCGUCGGAAGCGACGGUGUCAGGACAUUGGCCGAGUACUGCCCCGUGCUGCGCUCGCUGCGGGUGCGGCACUGCCACCAUGUGGCGGAGUCCAGCCUGAGCCGCUUGCGGAAGCGCGGCGUGGACAUCGACGUGGAGCCGCCGCUGCACCAGGCCCUGGUGCUGCUGCAGGAUAUGGCGGGCUUCGCACCUUUUGUCAACCUGCAGGUCUGACCCGCCUGCCAAUCGGAGCACAGCUGGACUGUGUGGCUGGGGCCUGACACUGAGCUGUAGGGAAACUGAACUGUGGGGACCUCUGGUGAGAGGCCAGUGCCCUGCCCCACCCUGGAGCUUCAAAUAAAGAGCUUUUUACCCCCUC